AUGCUCGGUCUCCCCGACGUCGCCCUGCAUUUCCAAACUGCUGGAGUAACGGUCCUCCUCUACGAUCCGCGCUCAACCGGCCUAUCGGACGGUACACCGCGCAACGAAAUCGACCCCGUCAAACAAGCAGCCGACUACUCCGACGCCUUGACCUUUCUUUCAACGCAGGCUUCAGUAUAUCCAUCUCAGCUCUUCUUCUGGGGCAUGUCAUUCUCCGCCGUCGUCGCCCUCUGCGCCGCGACAACGGACAAACGAAUCCGCGGCGUCCUCGCCAUCGCGCCUCUGACAGACCUCACUUACAAGCCCGAGCAUAGACGAGCCAAGGUGCUGCAGCAGUGUAUGCAGGACCGUGCGUCACAGUCAGCUGGUAACGAGCCGUACUAUCUUCCGCUGCUAAACGAGCAAGGGGAAAAUCCGGCGGGGUUUGGGGUUGGCUUGGAGCGGGAGGAGUAUGCUAGGAUUGUAGCCGCUGGUAGAAAGCUGGCAAAGGGGCAUGUUAAUCGCACGACUAUUCAGAGCUAUUACCAUAUGGCAAUGUGGCAGCCAUUUGGGCUUUGGGCCGGCGUCGCGCCUACGCCGGUGAUGUUUGUUGUGCCGGAGAUGGAUACCGUUAGUCCGGCGGAGAGGCAGAGAGAGUACUUUGACACUAAGCUGGGAAAUGCACCGAGGCGGUUGCAUUUGGUGGAGGGAGCGGGGCAUAUGGAUAUCGUGCAGGGGGCACAUUUGGAGGGGUUGAUGGAAGUGAAGAUGCGGUUUGUGCAGGAUAUUUUGGAGGGAAGGGUGGAGGUAUCCGGGGAUGAGACUCGUUGA